UCUCUCUUUUUCUCUCUCUGUCUCUCACACUCACUCACUCUGUCUCUGUCUCUCUCUCUCACUCUUCCCCCCCCCCACACUCCUCUCCUUCCUCCUCCGGUCCUCAGCUCUUGGGCUAGAAUAUCUAUGGGUCGAAACGUGAUGCGAUGAAUUCGAGAGAGAGCGAAACUAGGACGAGGAGUGCGGCGGAAGCGGCGGGACUCCCGGGCAUGGGGGCUUCACCACAAUAGAGGCAGCGCCCCCACCCGCCCCCGCCAGCCCCUCCAGAGCGAAGCCCCAAACCCCCUCGGGAAAAGGAUGGCGGCGGCACCUACCCAGAUCGAAGCCGAGCUGUAUUACCUGAUCGCUAGGUUCUUGCAGUCUGGACCCUGCAACAAAUCCGCUCAGGUGCUAGUGCAGGAGCUCGAGGAGCAUCAGCUGAUUCCGCGCCGCUUAGAUUGGGAGGGGAAAGAGCACCGAAGAAGCUUUGAGGAUCUGGUGGCAGCCAAUGCACACAUUCCUCCAGACUACCUCCUUAAAAUUUGUGAGAGGAUUGGUCCUUUACUAGAUAAAGAGAUCCCUCAGAGUGUUCCUGGGGUACAGACAUUAUUAGGUGUCGGUCGGCAGUCUCUGCUACGGGAUGCCAAAGACUGUAAGAGUACACUAUGGAAUGGGUCUGCUUUUGCGGCUCUACAUAGAGGCAGACCUCCAGAACUACCUGUAAAUUAUGUGAAACCUCCAAAUGUGGUGAAUAUCACCUCUGCCAGGCAAUUAACCGGAUGUAGUCGCUUCGGUCAUAUUUUCCCUUCUUCUGCUUACCAGCACAUUAAGAUGCAUAAGAGAAUUCUGGGGCACUUGUCAUCUGUCUAUUGUGUAGCAUUUGACCGAAGUGGGAGAAGAAUUUUUACAGGUUCAGAUGACUGUUUAGUAAAAAUUUGGGCUACAGAUGAUGGACGCCUUCUUGCUACGCUUCGUGGACACUCUGCUGAAAUUUCUGAUAUGGCUGUUAACUAUGAAAACACUCUUAUUGCCGCAGGCAGCUGUGAUAAGGUGGUAAGAGUAUGGUGUCUUCGAACUUGUGCACCGGUUGCAGUCCUUCAGGGACAUUCAGCCUCUAUUACUUCCAUACAGUUUUGUCCAUCAACUAAAGGCACAAACAGAUACCUCACUUCUACUGGUGCUGAUGGAACAAUCUGUUUCUGGCAAUGGCAUGUAAAAACAAUGAAAUUUAGAGAUCGCCCGGUGAAAUUUACUGAGAGAUCCAGACCUGGAGUCCAGAUAUCUUGUUCAUCUUUCAGUUCUGGUGGUAUGUUCAUUACAACUGGUAGUACUGAUCAUGUGAUUAGAAUAUAUUAUUUGGGUUCUGAGGUCCCCGAGAAAAUUGCUGAAUUAGAGUCACAUACGGAUAAAGUUGUUGCUGUUCAGUUCUGUAACAAUGGAGACAGUUUAAGAUUUGUUAGUGGAAGUCGAGAUGGAACAGCAAGAAUUUGGCAGUAUCAGCAACAAGAAUGGAAGAGUAUAGUGCUAGACAUGGCUACUAAAAUGACUGGCAAUAAUUUGCCAUCUGGAGAAGACAAGAUCACUAAACUUAAGGUGACUAUGGUGGCCUGGGAUCGUUAUGAUACCACAGUUAUUACUGCAGUGAACAAUUUUCUUUUGAAAGUGUGGAAUUCUAUCACAGGACAGCUUCUUCAUACAUUAUCUGGACAUGAUGAUGAAGUAUUCGUUCUGGAAGCACAUCCAUUUGAUCAAAGGAUCAUACUUUCAGCAGGUCAUGAUGGGAACAUUUUUAUUUGGGACCUUGACCGGGGAACCAAAAUUCGGAAUUACUUUAACAUGAUUGAAGGCCAAGGCCAUGGUGCGGUGUUUGAUUGUAAGUUUUCACCAGAUGGAAACCAUUUUGCCUGCACAGAUUCUCAUGGACAUUUGCUGCUUUUUGGUUUUGGAUGCAGUAAAUACUAUGAAAAGAUUCCAGAUCAGAUGUUCUUCCACACGGACUAUCGUCCUCUUAUUCGUGAUGCCAAUAACUAUGUAUUGGAUGAACAAACCCAACAAGCCCCUCACCUCAUGCCUCCUCCAUUUUUGGUGGAUGUUGAUGGAAAUCCUCAUCCUACAAAAUUCCAACGGCUGGUACCAGGGCGGGAAAAUUGUAAAGAUGAACAACUUAUACCACAGCUGGGAUAUGUGGCUAAUGGUGAUGGUGAGGUGGUAGAACAGGUAAUUGGGCAGCAAACCAAUGAGCAAGAUGAGAGCAUUCUUGAUGGAAUAAUCAGGGAGCUACAGAGAGAACAAGACCUGAGACUAAUUAAUGAAGGAGAUGUUCCACAUUUUCCAGUUAAUAGAGCAUACUCUGUUAAUGGUGCUCUGAGAAGUCCAAACAUGGACAUAUCGUCUUCCCCAAACAUCGCGCUUCGCAGACAUAGUAGUCAAAUUGAAGGUGUUAGACAAAUGCAUAACAAUGCUCCUCGGAGCCAGAUGGCCACUGAAAGAGAUCUCAUGGCAUGGAGCAGAAGAGUGGUGGUCAAUGAACUGAAUAAUGGGGUUAGUAGGGUACAAGAGGAAUGUCGAACUACAAAAGGUGACAUAGAAAUCUGUCUUUAUACAGUUGAAAAGAAGAAAAAGCCAUCUUAUACUACUCAAAGGGUAAGUAUAGUUUUACAGUACUUUGGGAUACAAUAUUUGCAAAUAUUUGCAGAUAAUAGGUUUUUUAGAGGCAGCAGUUAUGUAUCAGGAGACUAUUUUAAUAGGUGUCUGCAUAUAGGGAACCUACUUUUUGAGCCACAAAUUGAGAUGUAUGAUUAUGAAGAUGAAACUGUUGGCACAAGUGAUGCUUCGGUAGAGGAUCCCGUUGUUGAAUGGCAAAGUGAAAGUUCUUCCAGUGAUUCAUCAAGUGAAUAUUCUGAUUGGACAGCAGAUGCUGGAAUAAAUUUACAACCCCCAAAAAGACAAACCAGACAAACAACACGAAAAAUAUGCAGCAGCUCUGAUGAAGAAAAUUUGAAGUCCUUAGAAGAAAGACAAAAGAAACCUAAGCAGACUAGAAAGAAGAAAGGAGGGCUGGUUUCUAUGGCAGGUGAGCCUAAUGAAGAAUGGUUUGCCCCUCAGUGGAUCCUGGAUACUAUACCCCGACGUUCCCCAUUUGUCCCACAAAUGGGAGAUGAGCUUAUCUAUUUUAGGCAAGGACAUGAAGCUUAUGUUCGGGCUGUAAGGAAAUCAAAAAUAUACAGUGUUAAUUUACAAAAACAGCCAUGGAACAAAAUGGAUCUCAGGGAGCAAGAGUUUGUUAAGAUUGUAGGAAUCAAAUAUGAAGUUGGCCCACCCACACUAUGCUGCUUGAAGCUUGCAUUUCUGGACCCAAUUUCAGGCAAAAUGACUGGAGAAUCUUUUUCCAUUAAGUAUCAUGACAUGCCAGAUGUCAUUGACUUUCUUGUGCUACAUCAGUUUUAUAAUGAAGCCAAAGAAAGGAACUGGCAGAUUGGUGAUAGAUUCCGCAGUAUAAUAGAUGACGCCUGGUGGUUUGGGACUGUGGAAAGUCAGCAGCCUUUUCAACCAGAGUAUCCUGAUAGUUCUUUCCAGUGUUACAGUGUUCACUGGGACAAUAAUGAGAGAGAAAAGAUGAGCCCCUGGGAUAUGGAGCCAAUUCCAGAGGGAACUGCCUUUCCAGAUGAAGUUGGUGCUGGCGUUCCUGUCUCCCAGGAAGAAUUGACUGCUUUGCUAUACAAACCCCAGGAAGGAGAGUGGGGCGCUCAUUCCAGAGAUGAAGAAUGUGAACGGGUUAUUCAGGGCAUCAACCACCUUCUUUCCCUGGAUUUUGCCAGCCCUUUUGCUGUUCCAGUGGAUCUCAGUGCCUACCCCUUGUAUUGUACUGUAGUUGCUUAUCCAACUGACCUCAAUACCAUCAGGCGGAGACUUGAAAAUCGCUUUUACAGGAGAAUAUCAGCAUUAAUGUGGGAGGUACGCUACAUUGAGCAUAAUGCCAGGACUUUCAAUGAGCCAGACAGUCCUAUAGUUAAAGCAGCUAAAAUUGUAACUGAUGUCUUACUACGAUUUAUUGGGGAUCAGAGCUGUACUGAUAUACUGGAUACUUAUAAUAAAGUUAAAGCAGAAGAACGAAACAGUACUGAUGCAGAGGAGGAUACAGAAAUGGUUGAUUUAGAUUCAGAUGGUCCUGGUACUUCAUCUGGAAGAAGGGUCAAAUGCCGAGGCAGAAGACAGUCUUUAAAGUGUAAUCCUGAUGCUUGGAAAAAACAAUGCAAAGACCUGUUGAGCCUCAUUUAUGAACGUGAAGACUCAGAGCCAUUUCGACAGUCAGCCGAUCCUCUUUCUUACCCAGGUCAUCAGGAGCAAGAGGGAGAAUCCUCAGAGUCUGUUGUUCCAGAAAGACAAGAUUCAUUGCUUUCUGAGGAUUAUCAAGAUGUUAUAGAUACUCCUGUGGACUUCAGCACUGUGAAAGAAACCUUGGAAGCAGGAAACUAUGGUAGUCCUCUGGAAUUUUAUAAGGAUGUUCGCCAAAUAUUCAACAAGUCCAAAGCUUAUACCUCUAAUAAAAAGUCAAGGGUUUCAGAUGCUGCUGAAGGGCUUUCACUGUAUCUACUUGAUGAUGAGCCAGAUGGGCCAUUUUCUUCAUCGAGCUUCGGUGGAUAUAGCCGAAGUGGAAAUAGCCAUGACCCAGGGAAAGCCAAAUCAUUUCGGAAUAGAGUUUUGCCAGUUAAACAAGAUCGCUCCCUUGAUGGACCCCUUACAAAUGGUGAUGGCAGAGAGCCCCGGACAGGAAUCAAGAGAAAACUUCUUAGUGCAUCAGAAGAAGAUGAAAAUAUGGGAGGAGAAGAUAAAGAGAAAAAAGAAACAAAAGAGAAAUCUCAUUUAUCCACCUCAGAGAGCGGAGAGUUAGGAUCCAGUUUAAGUUCUGAAAGUACCUGCGGUUCUGACUCUGACUCUGAAUCAACUUCCAGAACAGAUCAAGAUUAUGUAGAUGGAGACCAUGAUUAUAGCAAAUUCAUACAAACCAGGCCUAAAAGAAAACUCAGAAAGCAACAUGGCAAUGGAAAAAGAAAUUGGAAGACCAGAGGCACAGGUGGAAGAGGCAGAUGGGGAAGAUGGGGUAGAUGGAGUAGAGGAGGCAGAGGAAGAGGAGGCAGGGGACGAGGGAGUCGAGGAAGAGGUGGAGGUGGCGCUAGGGGUCGGGGAAGAGGGAGAGGAGGAAGAGGUGCUUCUAGAGGAGCUACCAGAGCCAAAAGAGCACGUAUUGCAGAUGAUGAAUUUGAUACCAUGUUUUCAGGACGUUUCAGUAGACUGCCUCGAAUUAAAACAAGAAACCAAGGCAGGAGAACUGUUUUAUAUAAUGAUGAUUCUGAUAAUGACAAUUUUGUGUCCACUGAGGAUCCUCUGAAUCUUGGUACAUCCAGAUCAGGCAGAGUGCGUAAAAUGACAGAAAAAGCCAGGGUUAGCCAUCUCAUGGGAUGGAAUUAUUAACAGUUAAUAAAUUUAGAAUAACUUAAAAUUCAAUGGCCUUCUACUGCAGGGAAUUUACCAGGAAUUCUACAAAGCAAGUUGUGUGGGGACUUCUGCUUCCUUUCACAUUGGUGCUUUUCCAUUUAUGCCAGUAUACAUUUGUUUCAAGACUUUUGAUCUCCACACUUCAUUUGUUCAAAUAAGCCUUACUCAUUAGGCCUUAAAUUAAAAGAAAUUCUGCCCACACAUACACACACAAACACACACACACAAACACACACACACACACUCGAAACACAACACAGAAACACUACAGAUUUACUGCAUUAAAGGAGCAUUCAGCUUCUUAAGAGUAGCAUGACAUUUUUAUCUCAAUAGAAUAGCCCUCUUUUGCUUUUGUAUCACAGAAGUAUAGCACCUUCUUACAGAGUUUUAUAUAGUUUUUUUUUGCCAUUUUGAUUCCUAUACCCAGUAAUAAUAACUUUUGCACAAUACACCAAUCCUAAAGGCAGCUAUUAAAUGUUUACAGUUUCUAUAUUGUAAGAGCGAUCUGGAUUAUUUUACUCUUCCCAGGCCAAACUUUCAUGACUUGUAUUGAACUGAAGUAUAUAUUUAUACUACAGUUUUUUGGGGGGUGGGGGGAAUCUUGGUAUGCUUUUCAUUGAUUUGCAUAAUUCACAUUAAAGGUGAGAAAGGGUUGGUGCCUUGUAAAUAUGUAGCAGAUCUUCGUGGUGUGUUCUGAUGUGUGCAUUAACUUUAUUAAAAAAGAAUACUUGAGGUAU